AGCGGAGGGCUCCCGAGUGCGCGAUAUUCUCGCGAUAGGUGGUGCUUCCAUCGCCAAGAAGGCGAGAGGCGCGUCUGCGGAAUGAAAGAGGAGAAGGAGAACAAGGGACGAGAGCGGCGAGUGGAGAUCCAGUUCCGAGAUAGAGAGGAAGGCGAGAAGCGGAAAGAAAAGGAUGAGAAAAAGGAGGUGCUCACCAAGGUGGUGAUUAGGCGUUUACCUCCUAACCUAACCAAAGCACAGCUAGAAGAGCAACUACAUCCACUACCUACACAUGAUUAUUUUGAAUUUUGUGCUGCAGAUGUAAGCCUUUACCCUCACCUGUUCUCCAGAGCUUACAUCAAUUUUAAAAACCCUGAUGAUAUAAUUCUGUUCAGAGACCGAUUUGAUGGAUAUAUCUUCAUUGAUAAUAAAGGCCAGGAAUACCCUGCUGUAGUUGAGUUUGCACCAUUUCAGAAAAUUUCUAAAAGGAAAUUGAAGAAGAAAGAUGCAAAAUCAGGAAGUAUUGAAGAAGAUCCUGAGUACAAGAAAUUUUUGGAAAGUUACUGUGCUGAUGAAGAAAAAGUUGCAGCUAACCCAGAGACAUUACUGGGCGAGAUAGAGGCAAAGACCAGAGAACUGAUCGGUACAGACCAAUUUCCAACUCUGGAGAAUGUCUAUAGCCAGGAACUUAAAGGUGUAAACAGAACUUGGAAGCAGCUGCACGUGUACAAGAACACAGCUAGGCGAACAACACCUCUUCUGGAAUAUAUCAAAAACAAGAAGCUGGAAAAGCAGCGAAUUAGAGAGGAAAAAAGAGAAGAAAGAAGAAGACGGGAGCUGGAAAAAAAACGCUUGAGGGAGGAAGAAAAAAGAAAACGUAGAGAGGAAGAAAGGCGUAAAAGGAAAGAAGCAGAGAAACAGAAAAAAAUAGCAGAAAAGGAAAGGAAAGAAGAAAUCAAAAUUAAGUUGUUGAAAAAAGUUGAUAAGGAGGAAGAACAGGACUUGGACAAAUGGAAAGAGAAAACAGAGGAUGGUGACGCUGAUAAAGGAAAGUGGGAAAAGUCAUGCUGUCCAGGAAAACGAUCAGAAAUUAUACAGAAGGAUGUCAAAGAUAAACCACCAAAUGAUAGUGAUAAAGAACGUAGAGAGAGGGAACGGGAAAGAAGAUUGAGGGAAAAAGAACGAGAACGGGAGCGACAAAGGCGACGUGAGGAUGAGCGCAGAAAGCAAAAAGAGCGAUAUGACGUGGAGAGGGCUAAGAGAACUAAAGAAGAAGAAACAAAAAGAGGGAAGGAACAUGGACAUGAAAGAGAAAAGAAGGGAGACAGCUUGAACUACAUCUUCAGUACUGAGAAAAUAGACAAACUGGGUAAAGAAGACAAAAACGAUGAUGUGGGAUCUAAAAGGGAGCGAAUAAGGAAUAAGGACCGUCCAGCUAUGCAGUUGUACCAACCUGGAGCGCGGUGCCGAACCCGUCUGGGAUCAGGAGGAAGAACAUAUGAUUGCUGCAGUAAAUCCUCUGAGGACAGCACAGAGAGAAAGUAUGAAGAUGAUAGUUCUGUUGGAGCUUGUUCUGAGAAAAGUUGUGAAGAAUGAAAGUGCGUCAUUUAUGGUGAUCAGUCAAGAACACUUAUUACUUCACUGAAAAUGAUAGGCAGCAUCAUAAUGUAUAUGGCCAUCUCAGCACUGAUUUUUGGCUUAACCUUGUAUUAAUAAAAGUUUUGUUAUUUUAGUAAUUUGACUAGUUAACUUAGUUUAAAGUAGUAAGUAACAGGUAGAAUUUGUUGAAAAUGAAAUCUGUAGAGCAACUAAAUUGAGUAUAGGACCACUUGUAUGAGGAAGUGUUACUGGAUAGGAUGCAGGUUGAAUAGUGAGGUUUGGAUAUUAGUACAUUAUCAAUUUAUAAACUAUACUGAUAUGCAGAUUUCCUAGAAGUUGCAUGUAUGUGAUUAGAUGUCCAUCAUUCUAAAGAUAGUGUGGGAUGAUUUCAACAAUCUGUUUUCUUUUCCACUAAUACAUACGGCCAUGUGAACAAAAAAGAUGGAGUUGUUAUUUUAAAUAUGAUGGGAAAUAAUUUUUAAGUAUUCAUUAAUCUUGCAGUGGCAAUAUCGCUCAUUUUACAUCCAAAUCUGGCUCUGAAGUAUGGUGCAGCCAGGUACAGUGCAUCCCUGAUACUAAUUUGUACUAGUUUGUCACAUUUGUAGCAUCAUAAUUUUCUUUUACUCCUUAGACUUUCACUCCUCAAGAUUGAGAAUUGACUUACUUCAACUCUGCCUGUGGGUUCUAUAAUAGCUAAUGAGGCCAACGUGCAAGCCGCAACCAUCCACGGAUGGGCAGGAGAUGCUGACAGAGCAAGUGUGUAGGUAGCUUGUGAAGUGGUGUGCUCCCAAUAUAUGACUCAAGGUACCAUCCUGACUGCUGCUUCGCCAAAAUGAGCAAUCAUGAACCAGAGGUUCUCAGGUGACGAUGUCGAUGUUGGAAAUUUUGAGUACAUACUUGAGUUAAAAUCAUAAUCCAUGCACUGUAUAACAGCAUUUUAAAAGGUACAUGGUUGAUCCAAAACAUAAUUCACAAUAUCAUGAUAUCUGUCCAGGCAUGAGUACCCAGAACUUUUUUUGCAACUGACCUCGGUUACACAAUUGACAACAUAACUAGCAUAACAACUGCACAUUAACUUAACAAUAUCUGUCUAAGACUAAUUUACAGUAUAAUAUUCCAUUUCAGAAUUUACAACUAACUAUGAACUCUUGAAUAGAGAUUGAGGGUAAAAGAUGGAAUAACAGUUAUCUAGUAAAUUAUGCCACUUUAGUAUCUAGUGCAAGUUGGGAUUGAUAAUCUGCAAAGCACAAGCUUUAUCAUUACAAAAGCAUGUUUAAUAUUUUGCAAUACUUUAGUGUGGAUGGAAAAUGUAGGAAGAAUUUAAUUUUUCAACUUUAGUCAGAUAUUAUCCUGCUGUAUUGUUCUCCAAUUACCUUAAGUAUUACAGAGAAUUUAUGUGCCAUAACAGUGAGCCUCAGUUGCUACAUUCAUGUUGAACUUCUAAUUUCAUCUAGGAGUAUGGAAUUUGUAAAAUGAACUUUGAUAUUCUGUUUAAGAUUUUCAUAAUAUUCUGUUUUAAUAUCCAGUUGUCUAUUCCUCCAUUGCUUCUGUCAGCAAACAAUAGUAGUAUCAUCAAUACAUGGUAUUGUUUCAAUAGAUUUGUAACUUAAUAGCUAUUAUUGCAUAGUUGUUGAAAGAUAUGUAUGUGAUUCAUAAAUUGUUCAAUCCAUUAUGGAUUUUAACUUAAUAUUGUUGGAUCCAUGAGUAGAAGUGUGACUGUAAGAUAUUAAAUGGUUUGACUA